UUUCUGCGAUUGGCAAUUUUUUAGGUUAUGUGUCUCUCUGGCGAUACGAAAAAAAAGUUGAAUAUGAAUUUGCUGUGAAUUUCAACAAAAAAUAAAUACAAAAUUAAAAUAGUGAGUAAAUUUUUUUUUCUCGUCUAUUUGUGCGUGAGAGACGCAAAUGUCUCGUAAAGGAACAACAUCGGUUUAUAGAUCAAAACAAAUUCCGCGGAUAUUUCAACGUCAACGAACAGCAACAAAUGCUCGUUCCUGGUUAACCUCAUUGAUUCCCGAGGACGGUAUUUCACUACGUGAACAAUCAGUCGAUCAAGCACAUUAUGAUCUUAUUCCAGGACCAUCGUUCGAUUAUUAUCAUGUGCAACAAGAAAAUGAGAAAAAAGAAGUAUCAAGUCGAUCGACAAUGGUUAAUAAGGAAUUUAUUGAGAAAACGUGGAACGACGAGAGCUGUCAGAUAAAUGAAGAUAGCACGGGAACGCAAAGUAUGGACUCAAUGGAAAGGACCGGUGACGCAAAUAUUGAACAGUGGUUUAAAGUCCGAACUGAUUCCGUAUCGAGCAUCGAUCUCGAGGGCAUGAAAAAUAUGCCAAGCUACUUGGCCGAUGAAUUGUCGCACAAUUUUCUCGAGAAGGAUUCAAAUUCCCUCUCGUACGAUCCAAUACUUCAUGAACUUCAAAACGAUAAAUUAUUGGACACAUGCACAAAAGAUGACGAAUUCAUUUUACCUGAAUUUGCCCUCGAUCCACUGGAACUCACACCCGAUAUGAUGGUGGCUGGUGAAAUUCUACCCUCGACCAGUGCAUUAAAUGUCACCCACGAUUCAUGUUUACCAGUCCAACAACAACAACAAACCAAUUCACUAAACGCCGAUCACGAUCUUUGCGAUAAAGCCACACAAUGCCAUACUCGCGAUUUCGACAACACAAAUCUCGAAUCAUUAACGAAAAAUGUUGUCAAUAAUCCGGAGAAUUAUCUCACCGAAUUGAAGAGUAUCGAUCUUAAUGAAUUCACCGAUUCGGAAAUUGAUCCAAAGGCAAAUUUCAAGACACGAGAUGUUAAUAAUAUGAUGAAAAAAAUUUCCGACAUGCAAGUUGUUUUGAGGGACGAUGCAAUGGUUGACACGUCGGAUGGUGUUAUGGCAGUUGUUGCAAUAUCGACAGAUAAAAUUUCAAAUUUAACACAAAUUGUCAUUAAUAAUGGCACUGAGGAGCAGAUUUAUCAGGGUAAAACGUCGGAAUUAAUUGAGGCGACUGGAAAUUUUUCGACAAUUGACGCACAGAAUAUGUGGCAAGGAGCAGGGAUUGAGAAUGAUGCUGAGAAUAUGACAAUCAAUAAACAUGAUAUUCUAAUAACGAGUGCACUUGAGGAUUUGGGUAUUACUGAUGAUAUGCUGCAGCCAGUGUCAAUUGCUGAUCAAGGAAAAACUUGGAUUUGUCCCAAAAAAGAGUGCCAUCGUUAUUUCAAUCGUCUUUAUGCCCUCAAGAGUCAUUUACUGACUCACUACGGAGUGAGACCAUUCAAGUGUGACUUUGAGGGAUGCUCCUGGGCCUUCUACUCCGAAUUCAAAUUAAAACGACACAGAGAGACGCAUCUGAAAAAGAAGGAUUACGUUUGUGAGGAGGCCGAUUGUCAACGGCGAUUCACGACAAUCUACAAUCUUUGGAGUCACAAAAAAUUGCACGAACGACCGAAUAGAAUUAUUUGUCAUGUGCCUGAGUGUGAUGAGAAAUUUCAAACGAAACGUGCCCUUGAAAUUCACAUGAAGUCACACGAUCAACGACACGCGCCAUAUCAAUGUAAACACGAGGGUUGCGGUAAGCGUUAUUACAGCAGCAAUGCACUGUCCUCGCAUCAACGCUGCCACAGUUACAAGGAGACGGACAUCAAAUGUUCAUGGCCAGGUUGCGGUAAGGUUUUCGAUAAACCCUGUCGUCUCAAGGCGCACACACGCUCUCACACCGGUUGCAAGCCCUAUUCGUGCACCUUUCCCGGUUGCCAGUGGGCCUUCGCCUCUUCGAGUAAAUUAAAACGACAUCAGAAGAAGCACACGAACGAUAGGAAAUUCGUUUGUGAAGUCGCGUCCUGUGGAAAGGCUUUCAUGCGAUCGGAACAUCUCAAAGAGCACAGAUUAACCCAUUCUUUGGAGAGAUAUUUCCAAUGCUACGUGUGCAAUUCACGCUUCUCAGCAAAGAGCAGUCUCUACGUUCACAUCAAGAAACACCAUUCAAAAGUCGAUUCAAGUAAAUUAAUCGCCUCAGGCGAGAGUCCGCCGGGCGAUUUUCUAUCAUCCGAAGCGAAUCAACAAAAUGAUGAUCUCGAUCUCGAGACCGAAUUACAAACGGAAAUAAUAAGUCGCGAAAUUUUCGGCUCUACGGACACAACUUUACACAUUGAGCCAAAUACAGAAGCAAUUGUAGCAAAAAAUUCACUUCCAUGUCCCGUGGAGACGUGCACAAGAAGUUACACGACAAAAUCAUCUCUUCGCGCUCACGUACAAAAAAUGCACGGUUCAUCGAUUCUCGAGGACGAUGUCGCUAGAGUCGAGUUGCCUGAGAAUGUUGCCGAUUCAAAUAAUGCCGAUUUCAUUGUCUACACGCCCUAUUCAAUGUCGCAGCCGAAUAAUGAUCAAAUGAUCAUGGUCGCGCCAUGUGACGCCGUUGUUUUCAGCUCGUCAGAGAAUAACGACAUUCUCAAUGAGACGGACAGUUUGAAAGUUGGCGGCGCUUCGGUGCUGAAGCGUAAAAUUGAAAAUCAACGACGCAAUAAUCAGGGUUCGGCGAGGACCGGUCUAACUUAUGCGGACGUUUUUAAAUUGAAGGAACAAAAUGCCGAGAGUGAAGAGACGGCCGUUGUUGGCGCACAGGACGUUAUUUUGGGAUCGUCCGAUCUCGGUGAAGGUUUUCUCUUCACUGAGGACAUACCCUCGAUGUACUUUCAGGACGAGUGUCAGGUACUUUUACUAGAUCCAGUCACUGCGGAGAAUACAAUCAAUUUGCGUGAUAUCGUUUAAAUUAGUUUCUUUGGUUACUGAAACUUCACUUGUUUUUAUAUUCUUUUUCUUCUUUUUACCUCCAGUUUAAAAAUCUAUUGUCCGUCGGCCUUAAAUUCUAGGAAACGAGCUAUGAGACAGAAAAGGACAGGUAUUCUCUGUCCUUUUCUAUCUCGUUCUCCCUUCCGUAGCCAACUUCAUUCUGUUGAAACCUUUUUUCACUAAAGAAAACUUCCCAACCCUGACGCAGUACCACAAGUCAUUUAAAAAGAAGAAGAAAAGAAACAGAACUGCAAACUAACAACUUUAUCAAACAAAUUGAUAAAAACAAGUAAAGUAUUUUCUAUAAAAAUUAUUUUACUAAUAAGAAAAUUUUUUUCUUUAUCAAUAAUAUUUUUUCGUAAUUAAAAAACUUAAAACCUCUUCAAAGGUUGAAAAUACCCUAAAAACUAAAUAACUUUUAUCGAAAAGAAACAUUAACGCAAACUGUUGUAUUUUUCCUAUAUUGAAAACAAUAACGAGUCAUAUUCUUAUUUUUUACGCGAUUCAAAACUUCAAUAAAAAUUGACAAGAUUUUUUUUUUUAAUAAUUCAACUCAAUUAAAUUGCAAAGACAAUUUAGAGUCAAUUGUAUAUUUUAAAGUUUCAUGUUAAAUAAGAAUAAUGUAUUUUAAUGCUUUAUUAGAUAAUAAGUUCAUUAAUUUUUACUAUAUAUAUAAAAACUAUAUAUAGAAAAAAAUUAAUCAUAAAUAAUUCUCUUCGUGAUAAAAAAGAAUGCAUAUUAUACGACGGGGGGAAAAAAUUCAAAUCGUGACAAAUCAAAUUUGUUCGAUAAUUUUUUCUUUUUCUUUUGUGUCGGGAAUUUUAGUUUUUUUUUCUUGUUUUUGGUAAUUAAAAUUAUCAAUUAUUAGAUAUUUUAUAGUUAGAAACUUAUUUAGGUAGCAUAUAUAUAUAAAAAAAAAUAUAUAAAUGUCGACAAAGUCAUCUGCGCAUUCUAUUUCGAAAAUAUUGGACAUUUAAAGAAUAUCAAAUUUACAUAUUUUACAAGAAUUUAUGAUGAGAAAAAAAAACAUUGUCUAUUAUGUAAACAAUCUUUUUUACUAUUGCGUAAUUCAAUAAUUUUGAGUAAAACGACGAAAAAAAAAGAAAUUGAUCACACAAUUACGUAAGUUUAAAGAGAGAGAGAUUUCUGUGAUUUUAGCUAUUACGUAAAAAUAUUAAGUUCUUUAAUAUUUAAUCUAGUUUCUUUGUUCAUAAAAAAUUGUUUUUGAUCUCAAAAAAAGGAAGAAAAAUUACUUCUAUUUGCAUCCUCAUAGGAUUUUUUGUGUAAUUCAUUUAUAUUAUUAAUAUUUUGAUUGUGGCGCAGAAGACUCAAUGCUUGUUUUUAAUUUAAAAAUUUUUCAAUGAGCAGAGAAUAAUUUUAGAAUUAUAAUGUGGCAAAAUUGAGAACAGGAGAAAGUAAAGGAUUUUUCCUCAGAAAAAAAAUAUAAAAAUGUUUAAUUGUUAUUUAUUAUGUCAAUUAAUUGUUAAUUAUCGUUAACGUAAAUUUAAUUAAUUUUUGAAGAUAUUUGAAUUUGUUUUUCUGAUGUGAAAAUUAUUUCUACUUGAAAUUGUGUGUUUGUGUAUGAAAUUGUUCAACUUUAAAAAAAUGUAAGCUACGUUAAAUAUUUACAUUUAAUUGUUAAUUUUCAAAUUAUGAUUUUAAAUUCAUUUUUAAUUUCAAAGUGAUUUAAAAUUUUUUUCUUUUUGUUUCUUUCGAAUUUGCUUGAGGAAAAAUCCACAAGACUUCAAUUAUAGGAUUUAGAUCUUUCAAUAGAUUUUAAAAUGAUCUGUGAUCCGAAGGCUUUUGACUACUGAGCCUAUAAGAAAAAACACCACACAUGUGUACAUCUCAUUAUCGUUUUAAAUCGUUAUUUUAUUAAUAAAAAACAAAAUGUUGAUAUUUUUCUAUGAAA